CCCCCUAAUCAGCAGUAGCCGCUUACAAGGAAACGUUCUGCCAAGUUCUGCCAUAAGUUGAGAUUUUAACAAUGUUUCGCCUACAACAGUCACAGCCCGACCCAGCGGAGGAACAGAAACGUGUUGCCGCCGAGGUGCGAAACAAUUUCAUUAUGUUUGGCGCUCUCGUUGCAGCUAUUCGGCUGGCGCCUAUUGUUCUGCAACAUCUGAAAACUGCAUAACAGCAACAAAUUUGGAUCUAGAAGGAGGGGGAUACAAUUUAAGCGCUAAAAACAACUAAUAAAAAUGCAUUUAUUUAAGCGCACGUGCAUAAAAUGCGGCUUUACGAUUACUUUUCAUAAGCAAAAAGAGAAUGAAUGUUAUAUAGGCACACAUUUAGUCUUUUUAAGCGUAUUGCACCUGUAAUGUAAAUAAAUUGUUUUAAAUAUAUGC